GGGCGCUUUUCAAUUUCCGUUUCACUUUUGUUCUUGUCUCUCGCCUUCAACGGUUUCCGCUUUCUUCCUGGCGCGGUUCUGUUCUUCUUGCCAUCCCAUACCUCCCUCUUGUUGUGCGCUUUCUCUUCUCCGCUUACAUUGGCGCCUGCCCACAGUGUGCGAGGUGGCGCCGUUUGGUUUUUUUUCUCCACCACCUUUUUCUUUUGGUUUCGAUCUUCUUGCGUUUGCUUCUUCACUCUGACGCCUUCCUCCACUGCUUUCUCUUCCCUCUCUCGUGUCCCUUGUGCAUCCACUGCCGGAUGCCUGGUUCCAAGCGCCUUUUCCCUUGUUGCCUUACUUUCCUUUUUGCAUUGUUUGUGUUGGGCUUUCUUUUUAUGUGCGAUUGUUUGUUUGUUGUUUGUUUGUUUGGGUUACGCGAUUUGGAAGGCCUUUUGAUUUUUUAUUUUAUUAUUUUACUAUUUUACUAUUUUAACGGUUGGCUCCUUUUUCUGCCUUUCGUACGCGGCAUGCGCUCUUGCGUUCGCGCUGCAGCGCGUCAGACGCAGACUGCACAAACAUUCAGCCUUGGUGCUUGCACGUUGCGCGAUGCGCCGCUGCAACAACGAAGGCAAGCAAAAAAAAACAACAAAAAACUGAAACAUUUUUUUUUUUUCGUUUCGUUGGUCCGGCUUGUUGGACUCGUUCUUCCUUUGCUUCGUUUCGCCUUCCCUCUCCCUCUCUUGCACGUUUCGGCAGAGUCGUGCGUCUUCUCGCUCUUCUUGCCUUGGCUGCACCCGCUGCUUCAUCUCGGGCGAUAGCCUGCGAGGUUGUCGCUGCUUCUUUUUUAUUUUUUUUUUUUGCUUGUUUCCUCUGUCAUCCAUUUUUUUUAUUGAAUUUCAUUGUGAUUUUUUUGUUGUUUUUCGUGAAACUCACAUUUGGAAACACUUUCUGCAUUUGGAACGAAUCACUCUUCUUUUUUUUCAGUUAAAAAGCAGUAACAAAUUUACAAUGUCUGACACUGGCAAGGACGUCAUCGCUGGCCUCGGCUCCUUCGACAAGAGCAAGCUCAAGAAGGCUGACACCAACGAGAAGAACGCCCUCCCCAGCAAGGACGACCUCGCAGCUGCCAAGGCUGACCCCUCCCAAAAGAUCUGAACGUUGUUCGGUUUUUUUCUGUGCCUUCGUAAACCCGGCUGUUGGCCUGCCUUUCUGUUCCGUUUGACGCGGUCUCUGUCGCUGCCUCUCGUUCACUCUCGCGAGUGGUUCCUGGAUGCCUUGCUGCUUUCAUGAUUUGCUUGUUGUGUGUGCCUCGCGUUGCAUCGAGCACUGAGCGCUGUUGAAUUUGACAAAAAGUUGGUCUUUGUAAAAAACAAAAAAAAAACUUGGGUUUAUCAAACACA